AUGGCGGCCGUCCUCGAGAAAUUGAAGGUAUCAAAGAGCGAAGGCAUGAGUGGCAUUGGGGCAGAUCAAGGUGCUCUACAAGAUUCAAACUCGCCAUCUUUCAAUCCCACAAAGUCGGGAGAUCAAGCACCAGAUCCGAGCCUGGGAGUAGGCAGUGGCGAAGACAAAGGUCUGGAACAAGCACCCAACAGCUUUGGAGGUCCAUCAUUUGGUAGAACAAGCAAAGUUCCCAGGCACAAGUCCGAAUUCCUCAACUCGCUGGAUCCUCGAAUUGGCUACGACGACGACAAAACGCGUGAGGAAGAUCUGGAGCGUUAUGAGAGCAAGUAUGGCAAGCCAGAAGACUUCCCAGACGCUCAGCUACGUGGGACUGAUAUGGCCGGAGUUGGUCCAGAUCAGAGGGCACUCAGAGAAAAUCCAGAUUUCGCAUCGCAAGAGAAGGAUGCGAUUGAGAGGGGGGUUUAGAAUUCUUCUGC